AUGGAUCCUUGGCACCAGUGCUGGAGGGAGCCACCCUUGCAAAUGGUCCCGACUGGAGCAGAGGUGGAACUGUCGGAUUACAUGGAAGAUUACAGGAAGGUUUUCCAAGAGGAAGACUUCAGCGCUGUAGAUUCCUGGUUUUUGCCAGAAAAUGAGGUGGAUCAGACGCUCCCAAGUUGGACCGGUGGGAGUUACCUAGCUGAGCUUGAAGGGUUUGAGAAGGAAAUGCCGUUCCAUCACACGCUGGGCUUGAAAGGCUUUCCUGAGUACACAAAUGCGGCAAUGGAAUUGACACAGGUCUCUUCUACCUGCCUGGAUUACAGUGCACUGUAUGAAAGUGAUUCUAGGCUUGCCUAUCAGGACAGUGGCCCCACGAGUCUGCAAGGCACCCCAUAUGUUAGCCCUGUGUCUCAGGCCUCGUCUUCUCCUCUGUGCUGCUGCUCCCCUGAAGAGCAACGGCCCUCAUUUCAGCCUCUGCUUGGAGGUCAGCCGGAACAGCAAGAGCCAGAACAAGAGUUAUUGGGGGUUGUGACAUCCCGUGAUUGGAGAAAGACAUCUGGCCCCGCUGUCGUCAGCCAACUGACCCCCUUGGAAUGCGAUUCAUGUCGGUGUGGCCCUCCAGUCAGAACCCAGAGGAAAAAGGAGUCAAGGGAUUGGGCAGAGGCCAGUGUCACCAACGUGUCCCAUAGGGAACGGACAGGUUCCGGUCCCAUCCAGCUGUGGCGUUUCCUAUUGGAGCUGCUCCAAGAUGGCUCCUGCCAGGCCUUCAUCUGCUGGACGGGGAAUGAUUGGGAGUUCAAACUCUGCGACCCCCACGAGGUGGCGAGGCGCUGGGGCAAGAGGAAGAACAAGCCCCGCAUGACCUACGAGAAACUCAGCCGUGGCUUGCGCUACUACUAUCACAAGAACAUCAUUCACAAGACCAGCGGACAGCGCUACGUGUACCGUUUUGUCUGCGACAUCCAGGGCCUGAUGGGUGAACUGGCUGAGAAACUGCACAGCUAG